CUUUACAAGAGGUCUUCGGUUGUCAUGGCAACCUCAAGCUUUGAGUGGCUCGUAAGAGCUUCCUCUGACGUUGUCUUUUCUGUCACUCCUUUUCUCCUCCGAUUCGGUUCUACCUCUGUUCCAUCCGUCUCUUCUCUCUUCACACUGAUGGAUCUACUGAAUGGACAGCAGGACAGCGGUGGACAGGAGGACGCUGUGGACGAGCGGAUCUGAGCGAAGGCCUCCCUGUGAGCGUCUGUGUAUGAGCAGGAAUUAACCAAUGAGAGGAAGACGUCUCCGCCCCAUAUCAGCAAAAGAAGCACACCAAUCAGAAGAGGAAACAGAAGUGCGAGAAGAAGAAGAUGGCAUCAAUUCGUCCUUGUGUCCCUUGUGUGGGCGUGGCUUUGACAUGCCACUCCUUCUGCCCUGCUCUCACACACUAUGUGGGCGGUGCCUAACAGAAGGGGCGCGGUUAGACAAAUCACGUAGGCCUGUGGCAAGAGGCAUGUCCUAUGCCUCCUACAGACCGAUCUGUGUUGUUCUGUGUCCACGUUGUUGUCAUGGCGUUGAGUUGCCAUGCUUCGAUUGGUCGUCUGCGACUCAGUGCCUGCCUAUUGACCCUACAGUGACUGUUGACCCUGAGUGUGGUGCACUGACGUGUCAGGGUACGAGAGGACGAGAGGGAAGUGAAAGCGAUGGUAGAGUUACGAUGAAGGUGCCGGGAAUAUCAGAUGGCAGUGUGGAUCUUUCUGAGGAGGAGAUGGAAAGCUCUGUAUCAGGUCUAAUCUUUGCCCUGGACUCCUCCUCCGCUGCUCCGCCCCUUCACCUCUCAAACUCCGCCCUCACCGCCACCUUCACAGGUAACUCCAGUCCAUGGGGUGACUCUGGUGAUCAGUGCAGGUGUCAGGACCCCUGUGCCCCUCUUCCUCAGGUGUGUGGAAACGUGGCCGUUCACAGAGGCCAGUACUACUGGGAGGUUGAUGUGUGUAACAGCGCCCUCUACAGGAUCGGUGUAACCUCAUUGGCUGGUGACCUGGCAUGGUGGUUCGAGAGGUGUGGCCCUGCGUUCCACACUGUUUUUGAUGGAUGCCACGAGCUCCUCCCCUCCGUCCCCCCACAGCUGAAGACGGUGGGUGUGUUCUUAAACGUGGGCGGGUCGUCCCUCACCUUCCACAACCCUUUAACUCAAGAACUUCUCGCCGCCAUACCCGCCCGCUUUACCCCGCCCCUUUCCCCUGCCAUUCAGCUGGGCCACGGCAAGCUUAAGCUCCGCCCAGGCCUGCCACCUCCAAGCCACGUCUUCUCGAGCUGUGGCUCGGCCUAUAGAGGUCCAGGAGGGGCGGGGCGGGGUCGAUGGAGGCAGGAGGUCACCUUCAGCUCCGUGAGGACCGUGAUUCAGAAGUUUGAGGAGAUGGCGGCAUCCGAAAGUGACUCAGGACUGAUGUCGAGUUUUAGCUCCAGCUCCACCCUGGCCUCCCUACCUGAGCCCAGCUGUGGCCUGGAGAGAGCGCACCCUUCUGGGCAAGAACCAUAGACAGCGCUGAGGUUAUCCUUAUUAAAUAGCUUAUAAAAUAGCUAAAUGUGGAACUGUGAAUCAACAAUGUUAUUCUUAAUGGGAAAAUUGGGACAAUUCUGUAAUUCUAAGGGAGAAUCACACUUUUUCAGCAGUUUCUGGUAAUUCUUCAGAAUGUUGAGAAACUCAGAAUUAGUAUUUAUUUAAAACCGCUUGAUCAAAGAGAGUGUUAGCUGCUUUAAAAAAGAGCUUCAUUUUUCAUGGAGUUUUAUUUGUUGUGACAUAUUUUGUUUUAUCAGUAGCUUCAUAUGUCCAAAAUUGCAAUUUUACAGAAAAUAGGAAAAACAUCUUAACUUUCAAUAAAAGUCAAUGGAAAAUAUUUAAUUCUAAGUUAUUUUGGAGCAUUCCUAUUGGUCCAUUCAUCGUGAUUUUUUUCCACAAUGUAAAGAACAACUGCCAAGUUCAAAUAUUUUCAUAAAGUGUAAAAUGAGAAAAAUUUAAGUUAAGAUGUUUGAUUGACCAUGUUGGGGUGGCAUCUGUCAUUGUUAAGAACCAAGAUGAUCACCUUCAACAUGAUUUUUGUCUUAAACUUACUUCAGCUUCUGCUUUAACACCUCCACUCUACACUCUGUAAACCUGUUGAAUGUACUUUAAAAAAUUGAGGUAAUUCGUUGCAUCAAAUGUUUUAAGUAUUGUUUUAUUGAAACCCUUCAGUUAUUAUGCCUCAAUUAAAAGUUAAUUUA